AUUAAAUGACAAUAAAUAGAUUUGGUUGGUAAUUUAUGAAUCCAUAUUAUAUAUGGGAAUGAAAGCUUCCCUAUUACUUCACGAACGUUACAUAAAUGUAUAUGCUUGUGAAAACUAAACCUUUGUAGUCAAAAGAGUCUUUAAAAUGACAAAAUAGCUUAUUUUAAAUAAUUAGGUGUAAUAGAAAGAUUGCCAUAAGAUAUGUAAGAAAAAACUGUUGUUUUUAACAUGAAAAAUAGAAUAUGGUUUAUAUAAAAGAAAUACCCACAUCUUACCACAUCAACACCCAUGCCCUCUCUCACUUGGCAACUACCAACUGAAAUGCCAUUAAUCACCGGCAACUGCCGCCUGGAGUCUGGACCAAUCAGUGAGAUGUGUGCUUCAUUUGCAUGUUUACAUAGAUAUUAUUUUGCACCCCCCAAAUGAUCUCAGCAGUGUUAGUGUCAUGUUGAGCAGUAAACUCUGCUUUGUAGCAUGAUAUGUUAUUAUUUAAUUUAAGCUUAGUUUAUUGUGUCCAAUUAUUGUCAAUGAACUAAUACAUCUUAUCAGUCUAAUAAAAUUUUUUGUAGGUUUGCUUGAACUUUCAAGUGAUUAUAUCAAAUUGCAUUAGAGGAGUGAGCAUGACUUUUUCUCAAAUUAUUGACCACAGCCUUACAAUUAGCAGUAGCAGAGAUCAUCACUGCUGUAGAAACUACCUUUGAUCACUUAGUGUGUAUGUACAUCCCAUAGUUUUUAAUGUUGUAUUUAUUCUAUAUCAUAUUAUUGUGGCAUCAAUACAGAAGCAAAUAAUACCUAAGGAACACUGUUGAUGUUUGAUUAUGCAACUGCUUUAUGCUAAAAAAUUGAAGCAGGUUAAGAGAUGCCAGACUAAAUAAAAUAUUAAUUUGUGAGUUUUGCGGGACAAGAAAAUGAUAUUAAUGCAUUAUUUGUAAUCAAUGUGAGAGUAACCUAUAAAUUGUUUGAUCCUAAGAUGUUAUUUCUAGAAUUUAAUUGUUAUUUUUAGUUACAGAUAUGGGACACAGCUGGCCAAGAAAGAUUUCGUACCAUAACCCAGAGCUACUACAGAUCUGCAAAUGGGGUUAUAAUGGUUUACGACAUCACAAAGAGGUCAUCAUUUCUGAGUAUCCAGAGAUGGAUGGAGGAAGUUAAACGUUACACACAUCCUCAAGUUGCUUUAAUACUCAUAGGAAACAAAAGUGACAUGGAGCGACUAAGGGAGGUGGAAAAGGCUGAAGUGCAGCGCCUGGUGGAGAUGUGGGCCUUGGAUGACAAUUCGAUGGUGCACAGCCUUGAGGUUUCUGCCAAAGAGAACACAAAUAUUGAUGAAACAUUCAUGCUGCUUGCUCAAAAAUUAAAGGCUGGCCAUGACAGCAGUCGGGAGUUGUCAGCUGCUGAUCACAUCUGCCUGACCGGCAGCAAGAGCGUCACGUCACCGUGGCAGCGCUGCUCGUCUCUGUCCUGUUACCGGUAGCUGCUGCUGUUACCGGUUACCGUCGUGUCUUCAUACAAGCAGUUGAAAUACCAUGUGUCAUCCUGUGACCCGAGAUCGAUGUUCAGUCAAUAAAUAAUAAGCUAGCAGUGAAAUGAAUAGCUUGAUCGACGAGAACGUGGACACUAAUCUUGAUGUCAGUAUACGAAUAUUGGUUUGUGGUCGUUCAUGAUAAAAGAAAUUCCCCGGUUGAUGUAGGAGAUUUUUAGGGUGCUAUUUUCCCUCAGGGGGACUUCUGACGCGUGUCUGUGCUCGUCAGAAGUCCUAUGGGGAUUG